GUGAGGCAAACAGUCACUCGCGCGCUCCUUUAAUCGAAUAGUAUUGUCAGUGGUAAGUGCGGUCGGAAACUGGUCAUUAGCAAACCUUCUACAUUAAACUAAACACCGUAGAAAAGAGACGCGCAUUACAACAUAUUCUCCUGACAGACACGUAUUUACAACCACAAAUGUAUUUUACCGUUAAGGAGAUGUUUCGUUGGGAGAAGUAGUAGCAGAGAACGAGUAGAAAGCCAGGAUGAGUGGGAGCACCACUGGGUCCGGAGCGGCGCCUUGCCGCUUCGCUCACUACUUUGUUAUAUGCGGAAUAGACACCGAAACUGGACUGGAACCCGACGAAUUAGCCGCUUUGUACCAAUGGCUUGAGGCAGACCGCCAUGGCACGGACCCAGAGGCCGCCGCCACAGGUGAAAACUUGGAGCAGAGCCCCCUCAAGAGAACCUUCAAGUCCAAAGUCUUGGCCCACUACCCCGAAAAUGUGGAGUGGAACCCUUUUGACCAGGAUGCCGUCAACAUGCUGUGCAUGCCCAAAGGCCUGUCGUUCCGGACGCAAGCGGACUUGCGCGAGCCCCAGUUCCACUCCUUCAUCAUCACCCGGGAGGAUGGCUCCCGCACCUACGGCUUUGUCCACACCUUCUAUGAGGAGGUGACCAGCCCGCAGAUCUGCAGCGCCAUGCAGACCCUCUACCAGAUGCACAACGCCGAGAACCCCUCCUCCAACCCCUCCUCCUCCUCCUCUUCCUCCUCCAGCAUGGACUCCCUGGCCAGCAGCAUGGACGAGGCUGACUCGUCCUCGUCGCAGCGGGUGGGGGGAGGAGCGGGCAUGGGCGGCUACGAUGCGUCGCGAGACACGCUGUACGUGUCCAAGGCGCUGUGCCUGAUCACGCCCAUGCCCUUCAUGCACGCCUGCCGCCACUUCCUAGCCCAGCUCCACCGGGCGGUGACCUCUGCCUCGCCCCCGCCCCUCCCCCUGGAGAGCUACAUCCACAACGUGCUCUACGAGGUGCCCCUGCCCCCGCCGGGGCGAUCCCUCAAAUUCCACGGCGUGUACGAACCAAUUGUGUGUCAGCGGCCCGGGCCUGGAGAGCUCCCGUUGGCUGACUUCCCUCUGGGAGUGGCUUUCUCCCUAUUGGGGGUGGAGAACCUGGUUCAGCUGUUCACCUGCACCAUGCUGGAGAUGCAGAUCCUGCUGUACUCCCAGGACUACCAGCGUCUGAUGACGGUGGCAGAGGGCAUCACCACCCUGCUCUUCCCGUUCCAGUGGCAGCAUGUGUACGUGCCCAUCCUGCCCGCCUCGCUGCGCCACUUCCUGGAUGCCCCCGUGCCCUACCUGAUGGGUCUGCAGUCCAAGGAGGGCACCGACCGCUCCAAGCUGGAGCUGCCUCAAGAGGCUAAUCUAUGUUUCGUGGACAUCGACAACCACUGCAUCGACCUGCCCGAGGACUUCCCCCAGUUCCCCAACAAGCCUGACUUCAUCAAGGAGCUGAGUGAGGUGCUGCAGAGCUACGGUCUGUCCCCACAGGGAGGCGCUCCUCCUGUCCCCACCACCUCCACCACCUCCUCCCCCUCCCCAGGCUCGGUGUCCAAGGGUCUGAGGAGCCUGGCGCUGAGCGAGCUGGAGGACGAUGGGCGCAACGGGAACCUGGGCGGCGAGGAGCGGGCAGUGCUGGAGCUGCUCCAGGGCAACGCCACGCUGGAGAGGCUGCGGGCUCUGGCCAAGCGCACGGGGGUGGAGGUGGGGCGCAUGGACGGCUCCGCGGGGGGCGCCCAGCAGCAGGCGGGGGGGCGGACGGCGGCGGAGGAGCUGCGGAACGCCAAGCUGAAUGUGCAGCUCAGGGAGGUGUUUGCCAGCCGCUUCACCACCAUGUUCGCCGACUACGAGGCGUUCGUCAUCCAGAGCGCCCCAGACCUGGAGUCUUGGCUCACCAACCGGGAGCAGAUGCACAACUUUGACAAGGCCUCCUUCCUGUCUGACCAGCCCGAGCCCUACCUGCCCUUCCUGUCCCACUUCAUUGAGACCCAGAUGUUCGCCACCUUCAUCGACAACAAGAUCAUGUCCCAGUGGGAGGACAAGGAGCCGCUGCUGCGAGUGUUUGACGGGCGCAUCGACAAGGCCCGCCUCUACAACGUCCGGGCCCCAAGCCUCCGCUCGUCCAACUAUCAGAGGUGCACCGUCCUCAAGGAGUCGGCCCAGGCAAUUGAACAGCGUCUGAUGAAGAUAGACCACACAGCCAUACACCCCCAUCUGCUGGAUAUGAAGAUUGGCCAGGGCAAGUACGAGCAUGGCUUCUUCCCCAAGCUGCAAGCCGACGUGCUUGCCACAGGGCCCACCAAUAAUAAAUGGUCCAAUCGCACGACCACGGCCCAGCGCAGGAAGGACCGCUACAGACAUCACACGGAGCAUUUGACUCUGGAUAAUGACGUAAAAGAGCAGAAGUACAUGCAGGAGGCUCGUAGCCUGGGGAAGAGCCUGAGGCAGCCUAAGCUGUCGGACCUCUCCCCGGCCGUCAUUGCUCAGACUAACUGGAAGUUUGUGGAAGGCCUGCUCAAAGAGUGUCGGAUGAAGACCAAGCGGAUGCUGGUGGAGAAGAUGGGCCGGGAGGCGGUGGAGUUGGGCCACGGGGAGGCCAACAUCACUGGGUUGGAAGAGAAUACCCUCAUUGCCAGCCUCUGUGACCUGCUGGAAAGGAUCUGGAGCCAUGGGCUGCAGGUCAAACAGGGGAAGUCAGCCCUGUGGUCUCACCUGCUGCACUACCAGGCCAGAGAGGAGAAGCUAGCAGAGCAGCAGGCCCUGUCUCCAGUAUCGAACGGAGAGAGGCGCAAGUCUGAAUCUUCGCUAGGAUUGCCGUCAAUCCGCGUGUCGCUUCUACAGGAUAUGAGACACAUCCAGAGUAUGGGGGAGAUAAAGACAGAGGUGGGGAGGGCGCGAGCCUGGAUCCGUCUGUCCCUGGAGAAGAAACUGCUCUCGCAGCACCUCAAACAACUGCUCUCCCGACAAGCCUUAGCCAAAAAGUUGUAUAAGCGCUACGCCUUCCUGCGCUGUGAGGAGGAGAAGGAGCAGUUCCUGUUUCACCUGUUGUCCCUGAAUGCUGUUGACUACUUCUGCUUCACUAGUGUCUUCACCACCAUCAUGAUCCCAUACCGAGCCGUCAUUCUCCCCAUCAAGAAGCUGAGCAACGCCAUGACAACCUCCAACCCCUGGGUGUGUGUGUCAGGCGAGCUGGGAGACUCGGGCAUCAUGCAGAUCCCAAAGAACGUCCUGGAGAUGACCUUUGACUGUCAGAACUUAGGAAAACUGACCACGGUCCAGUUGGGCCACGAUAACUCUGGACUGCUGGCCAAGUGGCUGGUGGACUGCGUCAUGGUCCGCAACGAGAUUACUGGACACACUUACAAGUUCCCUUGUGGACGGUGGCUAGGGAAAGGCGUGGAUGACGGCAGCCUGGAGCGCGUGCUGAUUGGGGAGCUGCUGGCGCCCAGCGCAGAGGAGGAUUAUGGGAGGGGCUGUCGCACGCCGCCGGCGCAGCGCUCGCCCUCCCAGACCAGACGCAUCAGCAUCAUCUCGCUGACGGCAAGAGGAUACAAGCCUACCUCAGCUCAAAUCCAAGAAGCUAUAGGAGAAGCGGUCAACAACAUCAUCAAACACUUCCACAAGCCGGAGAAAGAGAGAGGUAGUCUGACUAUCCUGCUGUGUGGGGAGUGUGGUCUGGUCGGGGCCCUGGAGCAGUUCUUCCACCAUGGCUUCAAGUCGGCCCGUCUCUUCCAGAAGACCGUUUUUGUCUGGGACUUUGUGGAGAAGGCUGUGGCGUUUAUGGAGUCGGCCGAUCAGAUGGGUGACCUGCAGGAGACGGCGGAGCCAAUGGGAAUGACCUGCCAUUCCCUCUGUCGCUAUGUCAACGCCAUCAACUCCACCACCCGGAACAUCGGCAAGGACGGCAAGUUCCAGCUGCUGGUCUGUCUGGGAGCCAGGGACCGGCUACUGCCUCAGUGGCUCCCCCUGCUGGUGGAAUGUCCCCUGAUCCAGCGGAUGUAUGAGGACUCCGCUUUGCUGAGGGAGCGGACUACCGUCAACGCCCUGAUCAGCGUCCUGGAGACCCUUCACGACUUCCCCAUCACCCUGGAGGCCUCCCUGGUCAAGGGCAUCGACCUUUAACCUCUGACACGACCGCUCACACACACAAGACUACGACUACACCUUAACUGCACCAGGAUUCGCUUUGGGACUUAUGGUGUAACCCCGAAAGCAGCAAGAGGAAAAGUGACGAGGAGAACGGGGACAUGUCGGCUACCAAAGCAACAGAGUUAGCCUCUCAGCUGACAUUUGCGUCAGUGAUGAGUCAAUGCAGUAUAAUUUGUCUGUGUUUUUAGCCUCAACUAGCAGCUCUAUUGCUUGCUCGGUUGGUUGGUCCACAAAAUUGUACCCCCACUUUGGCGCAUGCACGUAACGUGGUCGCAUCUAUUGCGAAUUUGCGCUUGUUCUGACAUUUAGUACUACACCUUUUGAGUAACAGUGGGUGUAGCUCUCUCGCUACAUUAGUGGUUGGUGUGGAUUGAUACCCUUUCAGGCCUGUGUUCUGUAGUUCUCUGUCUGUCAGAGACUGUAUUCCACACUUAGCAAGAGGUUAGCUUCAGCAUGGAUGUCGGUGGAUCAUAGUGGACCAUGAAGAACCCAAACACAAAAUAGACCGUUUGUCCCUGCUGCCUCCCUGCAGCCUCCAAACUGGAAAAUAUUACUUCGAAAUCUCAUCUGAAGAUGUUGAUCACUUAAAACUGGACUUGUAUGUUUCUGUACCAAACUGAGCCACUCAACAUAGCUGUGUGAUUUAGUUAUUUGCUUGUUUCCCACCUUGUUGGACAGGAUUGUUUG